UUGGUGGUACAUAAAAGUCAAUCGUCAUUAUCGCCAUGGCAAUGUUCUAAAAUCUGUUUGGAACAAUUUGGAACGAUUAUCCGGACAGCGAAACAAAAUGUCGUACGUCGAGUGGUUGACCAAGAUUCGUGCUGCCGAUAAGUCAUCGGCAAUCCAGGGCACGGUCCGGAAAGUGCACUACAACUUCGCUGAUGGCAACGAGAUGGCCGAGGAGUACAGCACCGAAACGGGUUGUGUCCUUCGACGGGCCUGGAAAGUGCGGAUUGAUUUACUGCGGAAGGAUGACUGGGAAGUCGAGCUCGGUGAACCGAUACCGAAGGCGAUUAAGAACGAUGGCUUGGUGCUGCAGGAAGCCCCAACGGAACCGGUCCUCUCGAAACGGGUGACGCGGAAUUGCAUCGAGUGGCGAAUCAGAAAUUUGCCCUACCCAUUGUCUACCUACGCGAUUACGUGCGAGGGUGACGACCGGACCAUCACGGUGCGGACUUCCAACAAGAAGUACUUCAAGAAGAUUGUCGUUCACGAGUUUCAGAGGUGUAACUUUCCGCCGAAGGUGGAGGAUUUGACGGUGAAGCAUCAGCACAACACGUUGAUCAUAUCGUAUAAGAAACCACCCAUUUUGGUCGAAAUGGAGAAAGCAGUUUUGGUGGAGCUGCAAAAUGUGGAAACCAUGGAGUGCGAAGGUAUUCGAUGUGAGGAUCUACUGAAGGAACUGAUCGGUCAGUAAAUAUAUGCUUUAAGAA